AUUUCGCGCCAUCAGUUUGGGAGGUUACUAAGUUUACAGAAUCAAUGCCUCGUCUACCGUUGCAACAAACAACUGGCAAGAAGAUUUCAUCGCAAGAUGCACCUCAGAAUCAGUGGGUUAUGAUAACUGAAGAAAAGAUUUUUGAUAAUUAUGGCAAUGACAUGGAUAAUAUCUCCAUGCACAAGCUACGUCAUCCUAAGACAGAUAAAGCUACCUUCUACCUGAUAUCCAAUGGAGGCCAGCAGAUAUCAGAGAUAAUGAAAUUUGAGUCAUCUUGUGGAUCAUGGUUGAUUGGUGACAGUGUGCAAAAAGAUGGUAGUAUCCUCAUGACAACCCCUGUAGAUCCGCUAUUUCUUGUGCUGCCUUACCUUAUCAAUGCUGCCAAGUCAGGGAAGUACAUGACAGUAGACCAGAUUGUUCAUGAUGAGGAGUUUCCAGAUGUCAGCAACUUGCUGGCAUGUUUAGACUUUGAUUCUCUUGACUAUGUGGCAGAUAUGAAAGGUGCAGGAGACUUUAAAGCUUACAGAUACAACAGCGAAAAAACUUUAUCAUGGCUUCGCCUAAAGACAGAUAAUGUUUUGGAAGCCUUAAGAUCUAGUGGUGUUGACAUGAAUGAAUCAGGGGCCCAAAGUGCUUUGUUUAUUAGAAGUAAAAAAACUUCCAGUGGAGAUGAAAAUGGCUACUUGAAAUAUGCAUGUGGAUUAGUAUCAGAUUAUAUACCCUUGGAACUAGUAACCAGUCUCAAAGAUUAUCUAGGCAUUACAGAAGCUGUUGAGGACAGAUCACCUGUGGAACCUCCAAACAAGAAAGUGAAGUUAUCAGAGAAUCAAGGAACAGUUACUCCAACAGAAGACUACUCACGAUUCUUUGGACAAGACUCAAAAAAACAGACAUCAGCGGCUGGAGGAAGACAGACAGCAGCCCAAAAGAAGCUAAGCAAAGUGGAUGUCCGAGGAAUGAAGAGCAUAUCUAGUUUUUUCUCAUCGAAAUCAUGAAAAUGCACUUCCCAUAUCCCUUACAUUUUUUUUUCCUUCUGCACUUUUCGGUUUUCAGGUCUCUUUUCUUUUCUUCUCUCUUUUUAGGUUAUUGAGCCCAUUGAAAGUUUUUAAACAUGCAUGAAUUCAGUUUUUCUAUUAUGCAUGCCAGUGCAAUUUGACAACUUAUUAUUUACUUGUAAAUGUUAUGUAGCAUUUAUUCCUGAUGCAUUAUUGCCAAUCCCUUUAUUAUGCCUUAAUGUAAAGCAGCUAUCACACUAAGCCUAUCUACGCAUUAUUAAGACAAGCAUAACAAACAUUUUUCAAGUUUGCUUUUGAAAGUCGUUUUCAGCUGUGAAAGUAUGCGUGUCUUAAGCAUGCAUGUUUUUCUUGAUUUAUUUGGCAUUCAAGAUGGUGGAGAGUAUUAUGUCCACAUGCAUUUAAUAAUGAUGGCAUUUAGUGACUCCUCAAAUUUAUGCUUUUUCUUCUGAUGGAAAACAGCAGGUUAAAUAUUUAUCUACAUCUUGAAAAUAAACUGUGUUCCUCUAACAAGACUUCAGAUCUCAUAUUGAACUGUUAAUAUGCAGGCUGCUCUAUGAUCAUUUGUAAAUAUUAACAUGCACUUCUCAGUUUGAUACAGAUAUUUGACCUUAUUAACAAGCCCCAGAGAGCUCAGAACAAUGCAGCUCAAAUUGUAUUCUGAAACCAGAAUGCUAUAUCACCACUCUGCUUCUGCACUAGGUGUCAGUUCAGGCUUGCAUCAUAUUUAAGAUCUCUGUGCUUUGCUAUUGUAGUAUUGCUUGAUGUCCCUGGCAAUGUUCACUGUGCAUGUGUGUGUGUGUUUGCCAGAUUAUGAUGUCCUGCUCUAUCAAACAGCACAUUAGUUACUGACCCUUGUAUCUUAUAAAGGUGCAUUGAGCUCACAAUGUGGAGUAAAUCCCAUCAUUGAAAUAAAACAUGAUUACCAAUGAAAAGUACAACUUUAUUACCAGAAAUGGAAUCGAGUCAUUUACAAAUGACCAUAGAUUUAUAUUUUUUAUCCAUAGUUACAUCACUUAAAGCACAUUUACUAUGCAUUUGAAAACCUUUUUCCCUUAGGUUUAUAAAACUAUAAUGAUAUGUAAGUUUUGUAUGCAAAUUAUGAAUAACAAAUUUGAAACAAUCCUAAACUUAGAAUACAU